GCAGAGCUAGUUACAGGUGUUGGGAGUGGUUGUUCUUUGCAGCCUGCAACUUGCAAUACACACUGGUAGGCUUUGGCUCUCUCCCUUCCCCCCUCUGCCUGCCACGUGGACUCUUUGCAAGUGUGUUGUCAAGUUGACAUCUCUGGAAACUUGGGCGCAGAAGAGAAGAGUUAUCUCUCAGUUUCUCACUUUCUCUCAAUUCCAAUAUUUAUUUCAAAUUAAUUCCCUUCCCUUCUCUUUCUCUCUGUUUUCCACCAAAUGAGUUUUUUCUUGUGCUAGCUUCAGUGCUUGUCAGUUCUUGCUGUUUCAACCACAAAAACCAUAAGGACAAAGAAGGAGAAUUUCAGUUCAAUUAUUCACUCUGUUUUUUCUGUGUUCAAAUGGGUGAAGCAAACUGCGGAAAGAGUUUCCAAACCACGCGUCCCAAGAAAAACAAUGAAAACCCAACAAAUCUUUUACUGAGAUUCUCACCGGAGAAGCCCAGGAAAAUCCAACUAUCCAAUUCUGAACCACAACUAGACCUCAGUCUCAGGCUCUCUCUGGGUGGAGUUUACAGUGAGCACUUCAAAGAAAAGCCUAUAACCCGGUCAUCCUCGGUCGCCGGAGUAAUGACCAAGAAGGUUAUUGCCGGCGACUCCAACUCGACCCUGCCGGGAAUCUUUCUUUCUUUGACGAGAUCUUGCUCGCUGCCCGUGGGGAGUGAGCAAGGGCAUUUUAGGCUCAAGGAAUUGCAGGCGAAGAGAAUGGAGGCCCAGACGAGGCUGCUGGAAAAGCAGAGGAGAUACAGGGGAGCCCCCGAGGAAGAGGAAUCUUCGGAUGAGGCGGCGAUUGUUUCACCGCCGUCUGCAGUGGCCGAUUGGGCGGUGUCUUCUGCAGCGCGGAGCGCCGCGCUUUGUCGUGCCAUUGUAAAGAUCAAAACGGAAGGAUAUGCAUCUGGGAAGCGAAAACAUGAUGGACUGGAAUGUGUGGGUGCAGAGAAGGGUGCUACGAAUUCUCAGUCAUUGCCCAAUCCAAAUCCAAAGGACAAUGAUCCUGUGGUCAUCCCUGGAGCAACAGCAAAUGGAAAAUCAGACAAACUUUCUGAGACAAAGCUAGAGAAGCCUCCCAAGAAGAUUAAAGUUUCUAGAGGCUGCUCUCAACACAAUGGGAUGGAUGUGAUGAAACAGAUGCCUAGUGUGACUACCACUGGAGAUGGCCCCAAUGGGAAGAGAAUUGAAGGGGUUUUGUACAAGUACAUGAAAGGUCAAGUGAGUAUAGUAUGUGUUUGCCAUGGAAGCUUCCUUUCUCCUGCAGAAUUUGUCAAGCACGCUGGUGGCAAGGACGUCGAAAACCCGAUGAAGCACAUCAAUGUCUGCCCCACCUUCUAGUCCUUCUAGGUAAAUGGUGGUGGCUUGUGUCACCCCAUCUGAAAUGUUAGCAAAUGAACAACCUGAAUCUGAGCAAGAAACUUUAGUCUUUUUACUUCUCCUUUGUCUUAUUUCUUUUGGGUUAAAUGGAAACUUUUUAAUUUCCAUAUAAAAAUGAACCUGCUCCACCUAUGUUGCUUCCUU